AUGAGCACAUCUAAAUACCUUGGCUAUGACGUUCUUAUUUCCUACUUAAAUGAACGAGAAAAUCAGUCAUACCGUGGGUUCUUGGACCUCCACCGCAAUGUCAUUGUUGCUUCAUUAGUUUCAGAUGACUGGCAUGAUCUUGACAAUAAUUGGGCCGACCAUUUUUUGAGGGAAGCAGAGGUGCUGUUGGAUCGAAAGACUUUCGUGGCUUUGAAGGAGAAGAACUUAUUGGAAGGGGUAAUCGAGGAACGUGGAAGCAAUUCUGCGAAACGAAAAAGAGCUCAAUUUUCAGAAGGGAUUUCUUUAUCAGCAAUCAUUCGUAAUACGUUACCGAAUCUGGUAUACCUUCAGUUGCGACAUAAUAAAUCGAAAUCAAGUACCAUAUCUAUUGAACAACGGUUUCCCGAUGAGAUUGCAAAUUGGGUAGGGUUUAAAGAGGAAGUGCGAACGUGGCAGUCAGAGUGCGUGGAUAAGAAAUAUAAAAAACCGAUGUUUGGACCACGUACUAUUACUUGCGAAAAAGAUAUAUGGACGGCAUCAGAAAUAAACAUUCACGACAUCCUGACACCACUGGACAGAUCAAUUUGUUUUUUAGACGGUCGUGCUUUAGAAGGUACGGACGGACAACCGGAUUUUAUAGUGGUUGACGAAAAUUAUCAAAUAAUUGUGCCCUUUGAAUACAAAACACGAUGGGUUUUAAAGGUACCUUCGAAUAAGAACAUUGUCGCACUUUACCUUCGAGAGAAGGAAAUUAGAAAGGGGAAAUUUACAGGUUUCAAAGAUACCUCGAUUUAUGAUCCCAUAAAUCAAAUUUAUGGAUAUAUGUGCGCUAAUGAAUUACGGGGGGUAAAAGAAAACCAUGGGUGGUUGCAUGUGUCGGACGCAAUUACCAACACAUCGACGGAUCCUACAUUGCUUAAAUCUGUUGCCUAUAUAAUUUUUGUCGCCUCUAAUAACCGGUACUCGCCUUUCCUCGAAAAACCUGUGAUGGUUGCUGUUGAAGA